UAUCAUCAACAAAUCAAUCCACCACCACCAUCUACUUCUCUUUCUCUGGUUCCGCAUUGCUUCUAUCUCUUCUUCAUUUGAAUUUUGAGGAAAAUCACUCAAAGAAAUUAGUAUAGAUAUAGUCAUAAAAUGAGAGGAUGCAGAUCAAUGAUGCUGCAGUUACUAGUAGGAGUGUUAGCAUGUUUGGGUGCCGUAAUGGUUGUGGAUGCAGAGGAUCCAUACAGAUACUUCACUUGGGUUGUUACUUAUGGAACCAUUUCCCCUCUUGGCACUUCUCAACAGGGUAUUCUCAUCAAUGGACAGUUCCCUGGUCCUAGACUUGAUAUUGUCACCAACGAUAAUGUUAUCAUCAAUGUCAUUAACAAGAUAGAUCAACCUUUCCUCCUUACAUGGAAUGGGAUCAAGAACAGGAAGUCAUCAUGGCAAGACGGAACCCUGGGAACCAAUUGUCCGAUCCCUCCAGGCCGUAACUUCACAUACCAUGUUCAAGUUAAAGAUCAAAUCGGAACAUUCAUGUAUUUCCCCUCAUUACAAAUGCACAAAGCUUCCGGCGGAUUCGGAGGAAUCAAUAUGUAUACUCGCCCCAAAAUUCCUCUGCCAUUUGCACAACCAGCUGACGAUUUCCAUUUGCUUAUUGGUGACUGGUACAAGGCCGGCCAUAAGGCAUUGCAGAGCACUUUGGACUCGGGCAGAAAACUAGCUUUCCCUGAUGGUUUACUGAUUAACGGGGUACAAAGAGGAAUCAAGUUUACAGGAGAUCCAGGGAAAACGUACAUGAUCAGGUUGUCAAAUGUUGGUUUGUCAACUUCAAUUAACUUUAGGAUUCAAGGUCACAAAAUGAAGUUGGUUGAAAUGGGAGGGUCUCAUACUAUUCAACAGACGUAUGGUUCUCUUGAUGUCCAUGUCGGUCAAUCACUCUCUGUGCUUGUGACGUUAAAUCAACCAGCUAAGGAUUACUUCAUUGUUGCUUCUUCACGAUUUACCUCCCCUGUUCUCACUUCUACCGGAUACCUUACGUAUUCAAACUCCCAAGUAAAAGCUUCAGGUGCUAUGCCAGUUGGUCCUUCUGCUUCCGAUGUUCCCUGGUCUAUGAAUCAAGCUCGAAGCUUCAGAUGCAAUAUGACAGCGAGUGCAGCGAGACCUAACCCUCAAGGGACAUACCAUUAUGGAAGUGAAAAGAUAGUGACGACAUAUAAGUUAUCAAACUCGGAGGCUAGGAUUAAUGGAAAACUACGGUAUGCUAUUAACGGGGUGUCAUAUGUCAACCCUGAUACUCCAUUGAAGUUAGCUGAUUGGUUCAACAUUCCUGGAGUAUUCGACUUAAAAAGUUACAACAAAAAAACUGCUGCUACUCCAGCUAAAUUGGGAACUCCUGUUGUUGCAAAUUUGCUUCAUGAUUUCGUCGAAAUCAUCUUCAGUAACAGAGAAAACACAAUUCAAUCUUGGUAUCUAGCUGGUAAUGACUUCUGGAUCGUAGGAUUUGGACCUCUAAAGUGGACAGCAGCACAAAGGAAACACUACAAUGCAGUGGAUGCUCCAAAAGGUUACACCAUUCAGGUGUACCCCAAGUCAUGGACCGCAAUUUUAGUGUCACUAGACAACAAAGGAAUGUGGGAUUUGAGAUCUCAAAUCUGGCCAAGAAGGUAUUUAGGACAGGAAAUGUAUGUGAAAGUAUGGAACGAUGAGAAGAGUCUCUACACCGAGUACAAUCCUCCUAAAAACGCUCUUCUUUGUGGCAAAGCCAGAGGUCAACACGCCUAGUAUCGUUCAUGUUGUUUUAUAUCAUCUGCUACCGCGAAAUUGAAAGCGGUCGAUUUUUAUUUUUUUUCUUUUAAGUAAUUUUUGUGAUUUUACUUUUGUUGGUCACGAUGGUGUGACUUGCUAAAGUAUGAAGAUUGAAGAAGAACAAAAAGAUAAGUGAAGAAGAGUAAUGGUUUUUGUAUCACUCUGUUUCCAUCUUUAUGGGCUUUAUCUCAUAUUGAUCACUACAGUCUAGUACAAA